CCGCUCCUAUAAAAGCCGACGCCGCGCGGCGUUGCUGUAGUGGCCUCGUCCUCGGUGUUUCUCUUCUCCUCUGAACGCUGCCCGGCUGCCUCGGGCCCGCGGUCUUGAGACCGAGCACCAUGCCUUCGAUAAAGUUGCAGAGUUCUGAUGGAGAGAUAUUUGAAGUUGACGUAGAAAUUGCCAAACAAUCUGUGACCAUCAAGACCAUGCUGGAAGAUUUAGGAAUGGAUGAUGAGGGAGAUGAUGAUCCUGUUCCUUUACCAAAUGUUAAUGCAGCAAUUCUAAAAAAGGUCAUUCAGUGGUGCACCCAUCACAAGGAUGACCCCCCUCCUCCUGAAGAUGAUGAGAACAAAGAAAAGCGGACAGAUGAUAUUCCUGUUUGGGACCAAGAAUUCCUGAAAGUUGACCAAGGAACACUUUUUGAACUUAUUCUGGCUGCAAACUACUUAGACAUUAAAGGUUUGCUUGAUGUCACAUGCAAGACUGUGGCCAAUAUGAUUAAGGGGAAAACUCCUGAGGAGAUUCGUAAAACCUUCAAUAUCAAAAACGACUUUACUGAAGAGGAAGAGGCCCAGGUACGCAAAGAGAACCAGUGGUGUGAAGAGAAGUGAAGUGCUGUGCCUGACACUGUAACACUAGAAGGGUUGUUCCAAAUGCUAGUUGCACUGCUCUGUUUAUAAUUGUUAAUAUUAGAGAACAGUAGACAAACGCAGCCUUGUCCUCACUGCAUGUGUAGUUCCAGUACAGAUCUGACCUAUGGCUGAGUUUCUUCUAUGAGCAGAAGUUUCUUUCUUUCUUUCUUUUUUUUUUUUUUUCAUUACUCUGAAUAAAACUGAACUUUGGGUUCUCUGUGGAAAGUGGCAUUUUGGGCUUUCCCUCUCUCUGUAAAGUGAUUUCUGCCUAAUUCAUUGUCCAUUUAACUUCAGUGAGCCUUUCAAAGUUGGCAUUGUAAAUAAAACAACGUAUGAGAAGUAUUCUGAACUAGAAUUAACAAAACAUGAUCUUUGUUCAUGAGUCGGAAACUGGAACAAGGCAACUUGAAGUUAAUGUUGGACUCGGGUGGUUAGGUUAGGGUGUCUCCCAGCCUCUCUGCUGCUGGUAAGCUUGUAUCCAUCCAAUGGGCUCUCUCAAUUGGAUCUGAGGACUUGUUUUGUCUUGUUUCCCCCUUUAAUUUUUAAUCUUUUCACCUUUGAAUAUGUUCAGUUUACUACCCGGUUUGGUUUGGGAGGGAGGCUGUAACUAGACAAUUUGUUAGCUUUUCAAUUAAAAAAGACACUUACUUCAUGUGGUAUGUCAUCUUUUUAUCCUCAUUGUUCCCAUGUGGGGAAAGACACUACUGCAUGUAAAAAGUAAUUUAAUCUUUAACAUUAAAGUGUAUGGCAAAACUCAGAAAACAGCCAUCCUAAGUGCAAGAUGCUUUUCAAUAAAAAGUAAUACAAUAGGUA